AUGGGUAAGACAUGGGCGCUCAUCACCCACGUCCACGCUCUUGCAGGGCCGAGUCUCACUCUGAUAUACCCUCUGUACGCGUCAAUCUGCGCGAUGGAGAGCGCGACCAAGGUGGAUGACGAGCAGUGGCUGGCCUACUGGAUAAUCUACUCCUUCAUCACCCUCUUCGAAAUGGCGGCCGAGAACAUCCUCUACUGGAUACCGCUAUGGUACGAGGCAAAGCUGCUGCUGGUGGCGUGGCUGGUCCUGCCGCAGUUCAGGGGCGCGUCCUUCAUCUACGACAAGUUCGUCAGGGAGCAGCUGAGGAAGAACGGGGUGAGGCUGCACGAUCACAUCGGCCACGGCAACGGCCACGCCGCCGACCACGUGCCGCACGUCUUCGAGGCUGAGCAUCAUGCCGUGCACUGA